UUUUACAUGCUGCAGAAAAAAUGUAUGCGGAAAAAAAAAUCCUGCUUUGAAGACCGUUCGGCGGAUGAUUUUUACACUUUUGACAGCCAGUGCAAUAGAAUUGGCUAACAACACUUUGUUUGCGAACAGCCUUGUUUGUGACUGGUGCACAACUGAAAACUGCCUUGCACUGCCAUAACCGAUAAAGCGACGUGUAUCUCUACACGUCAGCCCCCCUCAAUCAGCGGUAUCAACUCGUGUGUGGAAAUAGAUCCGUGUUUGAGUUGAUGUAACGCUGGUAAACAGUUACAGGGAGUAGGCUACCUUUCGGAGAAUAGGAGGGUGCUUGGAGUGUUUUGCUUCUUUCGUCGAUUAUUUUUUUUGGGUUCCUCGAAUAGAGUGUGGGAAGGCUAGAGGAAGCCAAAUCUAAUCAUUCGGCAACAUUGACUUUCGCGGAAGGCUGAGUGAAAGCACUUCAAGUCAAGAACAGAAGCCAGCAGCCCCAGCGUCGGACUAAGGUUGGAAGCUAGUUCGUCGUGGUUAGCGAUCUAUCCACCUCUAACAACAAGGUGUCCUGGUCAGGAUUAUACUGUAGAUAGCCUACCUAUAGAUCGCAGAUUGAAAAACUUGCCUAGGAAGGAGAGUGCCACAAAGACCCACACGGGCCCAGUGGUGCAGCAUGUGAUGACCCACACCUGGAACAAAGGUUCCCUCAGCCAGAGCCGCAGCACAGGGUGGCGGGAACACUGCCCCCAUAGGCCACAUGGUGAGACCAUGGGUGGGGCCUGGCCUGAGCGCACGCUGCGAUUUGGCAGGACCAUGAAGAAGCGCGGGACCAAGCGAGGAAGGGGAGGGGUUAAAGAGAUGAUGGACAAGAGGGAGAAGACUCCGGAGCGGAAUAGGAGGCGAAGCAGGAAAUCAUAUCCCUUACGAGGAAGGGGAGGGGCUUCAGAGGAAGAGGGACUUAGCUGUCACGUUUUACUCACCCGGUUGGAGGAGGACAUCCGGGAGCAGGAGGACACCAGUGAGAGGGGGAAUGAUUCGCCCAGCCAACCGCCGGUCAAACCUGAAUCCCGGUGCAAGAAACUGGGCAAAGGAAAAGGCAAGGCCAAGGGGAAACUCCUGGCGAAGAAGAUGAUACCCAAAACUAAAUCAAAAACCACCAGUGAUGUGCAGGAGUCGCCGUUUCCAGAGCCACGUAAGCGACGGCUAGCUUCUCUCAACGCUGAGGCGGUGAACAGUCUACUGUUGGAGAGACCCAACGAGACCCAGCUGGCUGCCAAACAGGCCAGGAGACAGCAGGAGGAGCCCUCCAGCGGUGAGUCAACCCUGGGGACAGAUCCAGCUAGGGGAGGGGUGGCUGGAGGUCCUAAAGCUCCAAGAGCCAGCAGCAGCAAGGCCUCCACAUCGCACAAGCCUGAACUGUGUCGACGCUCCAAAAAGGCCAAGAAAGUCUCCAAGAAACUGGCCAAACCAGACAGAGGAGAGAAGAAAGAGACAGGGAUGAUGACUCUACAGAUGUUACACGCCCCUGCUCCUCGGCGGCUAGCCGGACUCAACGCUGCUGCGCUGCUAAAGUUAACGAGCACCUCCGCGACUAGCAAACAGCGAGUGAAAACAACAUCAACUACGACGACCGACUGCAAGACUACGAGCGCCGCAUCAGUUGAUGUGACGCAGAAGCAACCGCGACUGAAUCUUAAACAGUGUGGCCGCCAGCCUAAGCCGAAGGGAAGGAAGUUGAUUCCAGAACAGGGAGGCUGUUCAGCCUGCAAGAAGUCCAACUUUGAGCCCAAAGUGGAGUGGGAGUCUGGAGGUUGCACCCAUCGGCUAACCAAACCAGGCUACCAGUCGUGCAGCAUGCUAGCCUACCCGCUGAAGCCUGUUGUCAAAGAGGAGCAGGUGGAGGCAGAGCUGAGCCCGUACUACUGCUGCCCUCCAGAGGGCUCUGUGGAGUACUGCCACCGCCUAGCAUUGUUCCUGGGUCAGAAGGCCUAUGCCGACUCAGAAGAACGACCUUUAAACUCUGCCAUGACCUCUGUGAAGCAGGAGUGCCUGGUGACAUCGCCCUCCAUGGCCCACCCUCACUCCCAUGCAGCCCUGACCCUCAGCCCCCACCCCUGUCUAUGCACCGCUGACCCCGCCUGCUUCUCCAGCUACUACGUCCACAUCGCACACCCCGGAGCAACGUCGACCACCCUCAGCUCGCGACCUCUGAACUUUGGCCCCUCGACAAUGUGUCCCGGCAGGGUGUCUGGCUCCAAGCUGCUGGGUCCUCCGGUGUCCCACACCUCGACGCUGGCCCAACCUGCCUUCUGUGGCUCAGUGGGCUCGCCCUGCUACAGCGAGGCCUGCCGGGUCAGCGGCUACACCUACAGAGCCAUGCAGCCGGUCAACAGCAGGCAGUGUUCUUUCUCCACAGGCUGCUCCGGGUUAACACACGGCAUCAAGACAGUGGUGAAGCAGGAAAUUCAGGUCGCUGGCAACCGAGACGUUCAGUUCAAAUCCCAAGCCAAGCCCCAUCUCCUCACCCCCCUGUCUGACCGCAGCGUGCCCCAGGCUAGACUGAAGCUGGCCAGGGAGUGCCCUCAGAGCACCAAGCCACCUAACGGCUAUCUGUCCAUGGGGAGAACCAGGCUGUCGCAGAAACAGCCAGCCCCGACACCCUGCUUGUCCCCCGCCAAGCAGAAGAGGGUCAGCCACCGACGGGCCACCAACGGGUGGCUGCCUGUAGGAGUGCCCACGGAGAAAGAAGUGUUCAUUGCGGGGGAGGAUGAGACGGCUUUGCGGCAGUGUUAUGAAGGAGUACAGAGAGACAGCGAAGUGAUACAUGUCAGAGACACAGUGCUGCUGCGCUCCGGUCCGAGGAAGAAGUCCCUGCCCUACGUCGCCAAAAUAUCGGCGCUCUGGGAGGACCCCAAAUCUGGAGAGCUGAUGAUGAGCCUGUUCUGGUACUAUCGACCUGAACACACACAGGGAGGCCGAGACUCCAGCAUGCACUGUGAGAAAGAGAUUUUUGCCUCUCGGCAUCAAGACGAGAACAGUGUGGCCUGCAUCGAAGAGAGAUGCUAUGUUCUCCCACUAGCACAAUACUGUAGAUUUUGUGCCUUAGUGAAGCGGCGUGCGGAGGGUGCGCCACCUGGCUCUGCCAGAGUGGUCCCCUGCCCCUCGGACUUCGACCCCCCCAACCACCGCCAGGUUCCCGCCAACACCGACCCUGAACUGGUGUACCUCUGCCGCCACGUCUACGACUUCCGCUACGGACGCAUCCUCAAGAACCUGCAGUAGGGGGCAGCAGAGGACACUCAAACACACCCACACACACCCCUAGUGGAGCAAACACACUCCUACACAUGGGGCUGAAGGAUGAGAGAGGGAACCCCUGAAGUGUUUUGGGGGGACCCCUGAUUGACCCUUGACCCCUGAUAGGCACUCGGGUCAACUGGAGGGAGGGAGGCUGAAGGUUCAAGUACUGGAGGGGGACCACUGAUAUCUGAGUGGGUACCUUAGCCCCCCAUACAACUGUACGUAGGGAGCUGAAGUUUUGGCCCCCUCAACUGGAACUAUACCGGCUUGGAGAGAAGGGAGAGGUGGAUUCUUUCACAGAGAUCUGUUCCUCCACAUCACUUAAAGAGUUAAUGGUCCUGGUUACCAUGUCCUGCUAUACCAUGGGCAUCAACAGCCGUGUUGGUGACCUAACAAGAAGAGGAGCUGCGCUACCAGAGUGAUACUGGGCUCAUCAUGUCAUUGUUUUGAUGUUAGAGCCUGACCUGAUGUCAAUGUUCUUCUUCUUAAUUUGUGUUUGUCUCUGAAGCAGCUGUGAUCGAGAGGGCACUUGCAGCUUACACACACACACACACACACACACACUGAGGUUUUUAUAUCCCUGGCGUGUGUCAGAGUGUGAUGUAGUGGGUGUGUGUGUUUUCAGUCUGUGGGCUGCAGUGAAACCACAGGUGCAGGUUCACAAAGGAUCGCAGUAACCAGAA